CGUCACUGAAGACGACAGAGUCGUUGCUAUGGCGACGCGUCGACCAAGAAAUGGCGAAUCAAAACAGAGUUGAAGACUUGGCCGCAGUUUCGGCGAAUCCGACGGCUAUUGCGGACGUUAAGCGCGAAAAAGAGGUUCAGUUUCACGUUCAAGAAGUGGGAGACACGAGAUUCUGUAUUCUUAAGAGAUAUCAAAACCUCAAAGCCAUUGGAAGCGGUGCUCAAGGCAUUGUCUGUGCGGCCUACGACGCGAAGACUGGUCAGAAUGUGGCCAUAAAGAAGUUGUCGCGUCCGUUCCAGAACGUGACGCACGCCAAGAGAGCGUACCGGGAGUUCAAGUUGAUGCAAUUGGUGAAUCACAAGAAUAUCAUCGGAUUAUUGAAUGCUUUUUCGCCGCAAAGAGGUUUAGAAGACUUCCAAGACGUGUAUCUCGUGAUGGAACUGAUGGACGCCAAUCUGUGUCAAGUGAUUCAAAUGGAUUUGGACCACGAGAGGAUGUCGUAUCUUCUCUAUCAGAUGUUGUGCGGAAUCAAGCAUCUUCACGCGGCCGGAAUCAUUCAUCGCGAUCUCAAGCCGUCGAAUAUUGUCGUUCGAAGUGAUUGUACUCUAAAGAUAUUGGACUUCGGUUUGGCCAGAACCGCCGGCACCACUUUCAUGAUGACGCCAUAUGUGGUCACGAGGUACUAUCGGGCGCCGGAAGUCAUUCUCGGAAUGGGAUAUCACGAGAACGUCGACAUCUGGAGUGUCGGGUGUAUUAUGGGAGAAAUGAUAAGAGGAGCCGUGCUGUUCCCGGGCACCGACCACAUCGACCAAUGGAACAAAAUAAUCGAACAGUUGGGAACUCCUUCGCAGGACUUUAUGCGUCGUCUUCAGCCGACGGUAAGGAAUUACGUGGAGAACCGCCCACGAUACGCCGGAUACGCGUUCGACAAGUUGUUUCCCGAUUUGUUGUUUCCGGCCGAUUCGUCGGAACACGCCAAACUGAAGGCCAGUCAGGCCAGAGAUCUGUUGUCGCGAAUGCUUGUCGUCGAUCCCGAACGACGCAUUUCGGUGGACGACGCACUUUCCCACGCCUACAUCAACGUCUGGUUCGACGACGCAGAAGUCAACGCCCCCGCACCCGCACCAUACGACCAUUCGGUGGACGAAAAGGAACACACAGUCGAGCAGUGGAAAGAACUGAUUUACGAAGAAGUCAAAGAAUACGAAAUCAGACGACGUCUUCGGGACGACGACCGGACGACAGCCACGACUUCGACGUCCGAACGGACUCAACGCGACUAAAAAUGGACGAAAAGUGCAAUAAACACCGGAAGUCCUUCAUUAGCACUUCCGGCGUCCCUUUACCUGUGAUUUACUGCA